AAAGUCACUGCGCAGACCUGCUGCAAAUGCCUUGUUCGUAAGGUUAACAGGUGGUAGUGAGCGACUGAAGCAGAGUGAGACGCGAACUGUGCUGCAGGCUCAGGAGUACCAUGCUGCCCCGCUGUGCAGUCGGUGUGUGCCAUGUGCUUAUGUUGGUGCUGUGUGUGUCUGCGGCUGAGGACUUCGACUGGACAAAGAACCACCACGGCUCCUUCUAUUAUGGCACUUUUCCAGCUGGAUUUUCGUGGGGUGCCGGAGGUUCAGCCUAUCAAACAGAAGGAGCCUGGGACAAAGAUGGAAAAGGACUGAGCAUCUGGGACGUGUUCAGUCAUAAGAAAGGCAAGAUCCAACAAAAUGACACUGGGGAUUUCUCCUGUGAGGGCUACUACAAAGUCAAGGAUGAUAUUUCUCUGAUGAAGGAGCUGAGGCUUAACCACUAUCGUUUCUCCAUCUCAUGGCCUCGACUGCUUCCCACUGGCAUAAAAUCUGACCAUGUAAAUGAAAAGGGAAUACAGUACUACGAUCACCUGAUCAACCACCUACUGGAGAACAAAAUCACUCCGAUCGUUACUUUGUAUCACUGGGAUCUUCCACAGGUCUUGCAAGAGAAAUAUGGUGGAUGGCAAAAUAUAAGCAUGGUCAAUUAUUUCAAUGAAUUUGCUAACCUGUGCUUUGAGAGAUUUGGCGACCGAGUCAAGUACUGGAUCACUUUCAACAAUCCAUGGUCUGUAGCUGUUGAAGGUUAUGAGACGGGGGAACACGCUCCUGGACUGAGGCUGAGGGGAACGGGAGCAUACAGAGCUGCACAUCAUAUCAUUAAGGCACAUGCUAAAGUUUGGCACACGUAUGACACACAGUGGAGGGGGAAGCAAAAAGGUCUGGUUGGCAUCUCUCUGUCGGGGGAAUGGGGAGAACCGGUGGAUAUCAGCAACCAGAAAGACAUUGAAGCAGCUGAGAGAUAUGUCCAGUUCCACCUGGGAUGGUUUGCCACACCGAUCUUUCAUGGCGACUACCCUCAAGUGAUGAAAGACUUCAUAGGAAGAAAGAGUGUCCAGCAGGGCCUUGGGACGUCUCGACUGCCCACAUUUUCCCCUCAAGAGAAGAGCUACAUAAAGGGGACCUGUGACUUCCUUGGCAUUGGUCAUUUCACCACCCGCUACAUCACCCAAAAAAACAACCCAUCGGGCCGUAGCAGCAGCAACUACUUUAGUGACCGUGACCUGGCUGAGCUGGUUGACCCAAGAUGGCCUGACCCUGGUUCAGAGUGGCUCUAUGCCGUGCCCUGGGGUUUUAGACGUCUGCUCAAUUUUGUCAAGACUCAGUAUGGGAACCCAAUGAUUUAUGUGACUGAGAAUGGAGUCUCUGAGAAGAUGUUAUGCACAGAGCUUUGUGAUGAAUGGAGGAUACAGUACUAUAAAGACUACAUCAAUGAGAUGCUUAAAGCUAUCAAAGACGGAGUCAAUGUAAAGGGCUACACUGCAUGGUCGCUGCUGGACAAAUUUGAGUGGGAUGAAGGUUUCUCUGAGAGAUUUGGCUUGUACUAUGUGGACUUCAGGAACAAAAACAAGCCUCGCUAUCCCAAAGCUUCUGUUCAGUUUUACAAACGCAUUAUCAGCUCCAAUGGAUUUCCCAAUCAAAGAGAGGUUGAAAACUGGAGACGAAAGGCGGUUGAGACGUGCUCUUCCAGCAAUCAGCUUCUAGCUGCAGAGGAACAGCGGAGUACUGCUGCCAAUAUUCUAAGACUUAUACAUGACCCUUUGACCAGCCACAUGGAGAUGGUGACCGAGAUCGUUGUUCCCACUGUGUGCACACUCUCCAUUUUGCUCAGUGCCAUCUUCCUCAUGUUCCUGCUGCGGAGGCGUAACUAGG